AUGGCACCCAAAGUUCUCGUCGUUCUUACUUCCCACGACACUAUCCCCUCCACCGGUAAACCAACCGGCUGGUUCUUGCCUGAAUUCGCCCACCCCCACCACGUCCUCAAUGGCAAGGUCGACCUCACCAUUGCCUCGCCAAAGGGCGGCGAAGCCCCCUCGACCCGUCCCCAGCAGUCGAAGCUCUGGAAGGAAACCCACAAGCUGGCCGACAUUGUUCCGCGCGCCGGCGAAUUCGACGCCAUCUUCUACGUCGGUGGUCAUGGCCCAAUGUUCGACCUCACAAACGACCAAACCAGCAUCGGCCUCAUCGAAACCUUCGCCAAGGCCAAGAAGCCCAUUUCCGCCGUCUGCCACGCUCCCUGCGUCUUCCUGAACACCAAGGCGCCUUCUGGUGAGGCUCUCAUCUCCGGUAAGACGGUGACUGGUUUUUCGAACGACGAAGAGGACCAGGUGCAGCUGUCUGCCGCUAUGCCGUUUAUGCUGGAGACGGAGCUUGAUAAGAUCUCCGGCGGCAAGUAUGUCAAGGCCGCUGAGCCUUGGGGAGAGAAGGUUUGUGUCGAGACCACAGCCGGCAUUGGAGGACCGCUUAUUACGGGUCAAAACCCUGCUUCUGCGGCUGGGGUUGGUGAGGCAUUGCUCAAGGCUUUGGGGCUUUAA